AUGGACGAAUUUCAGCGUGAUUUGGAAAAGAACUCUGCUAGCAAGACAUCUGCAACAACUUCAUCGAUAGCAUCUGAUUUUGUGUCCUUCAAAACUUUUAUUGUAACCGCAUUAAACACCCUGCAGCAACAAAUGGAGUUUCUUAGACUGGAAAUGGAUCGUCAGGAGAUGCGAAGGAGGCGUAAGAUCUUGCUCUUCCAUGGAAUUCCCGAGGUGAAAUCAGAAGACCUUAUCGGUCGUGUAACCACAGCUGUUGCUGAACAUCUGAAUCUGCCUAAUUUUUCAAGUACCAGCAUAAAGUCCAGCAAUCGUCUUGGCCGCACAUCGGAAAGCAGAGCUAGGCCGGUAGUUGUAAAGUUCGCCGAAGUUUCUGUCCGUGACAAAGUGUGGUUCGCAAAAACUAAGUUUAAGGGUACUGGCAUCACACAGUCGGAGUUCCUAACGCAGCCUCGACACAGUGUAUUUCUUGAGGCUCGGAAGCGUUUUGGCGUGACAAAU